CAUCUCAACCACAGCUCACUUCCUUACUGCACCUUCAACCCUGACACUUCUCACUUCGCAGUUCGGAUUUCCAGUUAUCAUAGUGCACCCUAAUUUACUACCUUGCACCUCUAACCAUACCGUCACUCGGCCGUCUUUUUCGUUCCCCGCGCAAUGGCCGACGAGGCGGAGGAGCAUGAGGUGUACGGCGGCGAUAUUCCCGAGGAGGCCGAGGGCGAGUACGAGGGGGAUCUUGAGGGCACCGGCGAGGAAGGCGAAGGCGCCGGGGGGGCCGCCGCAGCAACCGCAGAUGGCCCGGGAGCGUCAGGCGGGGCGUCUGGCGCAGCGGGGACCGCAGCAGGCGGCGAGGGCGGAGAAGACGCUGCCGCAAAGGAGUUGGAGGAGAUGAAGAAGCGGCUGAGAGAGAUGGAGGAGGAGGCGGCGGCAUUGCGCGAGAUGCAAGCCCGGGUCGAGAAGGAGAUGGGUGCCGUUCCAGAGGGUGGUGACCCCAACGCCGUCUCUCAAGCCAGCAGGGAGGAGGCCGACGCGCGAUCAGUCUUCGUCGGAAACGUUGACUACGCGUGCACGCCAGAGGAGGUGCAGCAGCACUUCCAGUCGUGCGGCACCGUCAACCGCGUCACCAUCCUCACCGACCGAUACGGCCAGCCUAAAGGGUUCGCUUACGUGGAGUUCCUGGAGGUGGACGCGGUGCAGAACGCCGCGCUGCUCAACGAGUCAGAGCUUCACGGCCGGCCGCUCAAGGUGGUGGCGAAGCGCACCAACGUGCCCGGCAUGAAGUCGCACAGAUUCCGCCGCCCCGGCUACCGCCCCUUCCGCGGCGGCGCACCAGGCGGCUACGGGAGGGCGCCUCGCUUCCGCCGUCCCUUCCGCUACCGCCCCUACUACUGAGAGUACUGUUGUCGUCGCCUGCCAUUCUACAUGGCACAGUCGGGCCAGGAGACAGCUUAGCCCUGAUUAGAGACCUGCCUGCCGACUUGGUCUGGGGCCUGACCCUGCUGGCUGCCGUUUCGUCACGUUGGAACUGUGCUGAACAUGGCAGGCGGUGCUGUGGCGGGCCCUGGGAGGGAGGGAGGGAGGGAUUUGGAAGUGCAUUCUUCAGCUGCUAAUUACUCGUGUCUGCAACCAGUUGGAACAUGGGGACUUGAGUGGCGUGUUAGGGGUUCUGAGGUGCGUGGUAGAGCUGAUAAUGGGGCCUUAGCUGCUGCUGCUGGUGGUGGUAUGGUGUGGCGAGACUGCUGCUGCUGCUUGACAGGUCUCGUGUGGAAGACAGACCUUUUUUGGAAAAAAGUGGGGAGAAAAAUGAGUACAAAAAAAUGGAAAAAAAAUCUUGCCCCAAUUGCCUGAAAAAAAAAAGAUUGGGCCUAUACCCCAAAAUGAUGGUAUUCCAGGUGUCGUUCUAACUGAUUCUGUAUAUCUGGAGAAAAGCUUCAGAGAGACAGGUAGGGUUUGGCAAAAAAUAUUCAAAUUAAUUAUAUCUUAAGUA